AUUAAUAAUUAUGCGCAAGUACAGUAAUGAAUCUAAAAUCCAAUAUGCAUUGCGUAUUAAGGAUUGCAACGCGUGCGUCUUUAAGCUUGCGCUCAAAAAUCAUAACAAAAUUAUAGUAAGCGCGCAGAGCGUCUUAAAAUCACUACAUCUUAAGGCAAUGGGCUGAAAGUGACACGGACCCUCUUUUCUCUCCGAAAAAGCAAAGAAAGAGCAGAAAGGAACAGGAACAACGAAACAAACACUACAAAUACUCUUUCUUUGCUUUUUUUAGAGCAAUAAUUUUGGGGUGAAUACCGGUAGAAAUUCAAGAUGCAUCGAGCGUACCAGCCGAUCACCCCAGCCAACAACAAAUUGCUGAAGAAAAGAUGGGAUGAGAAACGGUUCGAUAACCAUCUGCAGAAGGUUCAGAGUGCCAGGCCAGUGAUUGAUGAUAAGCCUCCCAAGACCUACGUCCAUCUCCAUCUGAAGCUGAAGAAGAUGCAGAUGGAGGAGGAGAGGCUAACCAUCAUCGAGAGGGAUAACCGCAUCCUCCUGGAGAAGAUGUGCCACAUCAUGCUCACAAGAGGCAACGUCGACAAUAAGAACUUCUACGAUGGCAAGAGCCUCAAUCGCAUGGCUCGCCAACGUGAGCUGCUGCGAGUGACGCACGAGAACCAAGCAAUUAUGAGAAGAAUCCUGGCCAAACAGGCUACAUACAGUCACCAUCAGUGGGAAGAUGAAUGGGCGAUGAACUUGAUGUACCUGAAGAAUAUCGCUAAGUACCCCCAGUGGUAUGAGCACGCGUACGACCAGUGGAACAAGAGAGAUAACCACGACAGCCGAAACGGAUCGCACUAUGAACCCAAGAAAAGUAGCAUGAUGGCGUCUUUGGAAAAGUUUUCGAAAAAAGCAGAGGGAAACAAAAAACCAAACAGCGAGAAGAAACGAGCACCACGACGAUCUACAAAGCAGAGUCGAGAUCGACAAGCAAAGAGAGGUAGCGCUAACGGAUGCGGAGUUAGCUGAUACUCAACAAAACACUUCACAAAUGAACAUAUUAUAUUGGCUACCUGCAAAUCACCUUUUUUUAUCAACAUCCCAAUGCUUUUCCUCACAAUAUCUCAGUCCUCAUUUUCUCCGUUGGUGUGUUUUUAUUUAGUUAGUCGUUUUCUCUUCUAUAUUGUGUGUGGCAUUGUGAUAUAUAGGAGUAUUUUGUCAAAGUAAUGUUUGUAAUCAUUGUAUGCUCCUACAUUACCUUUCUUCCUUUCGUACUUGUGAGAAGUCAGAUUUUCUUGAGUAUUUGUUGUUGUUGUUGUUGUAAACUUGGGGAGAGUGUGUUAAAAAAGUAUUGUGUACCUGUACUACCACAAAUUCCAUAGUGUACAUAAUUUAUCGUUUAGUUUUGUGUUCUGUUUGCUUCGUUUUGUAAUGUGCGACUGCCCGUUGCUUCGGUCUACAAAUUAUGAUGGCAUUGGUAAAAAAUUGAGUUACUAUAUUUAACGGGGUGUAGAUU